CGACGAAUGCCGGACCAUCCCUGAGGCCUGCCGAGGAGACAUGAUGUGUGUUAACCAGAAUGGCGGCUAUUUAUGCAUCCCUCGAACCAACCCGGUGUACCGUGGCCCCUACUCAAACUCCUUUUCGACCCCGUACUCAGGCCCAUACCCAGCGGCUGCCCCGCCAAUUUCAGCUCCAAACUACCCCACGAUUUCACGGCCUCUCAUAUGCCGCUUUGGCUACCAGAUGGAUGAAGGCAACCAGUGUGUGGAUGUGGACGAGUGUGCGACAGAUUCCCACCAGUGCAACCCGACCCAGAUCUGCAUCAACACGGAGGGAGGCUACACUUGCUCCUGCACCGACGGCUACUGGCUCCUGGAAGGACAAUGCUUAGACAUAGACGAGUGUCGCUAUGGUUACUGCCAGCAGCUGUGUGCGAAUGUGCCCGGAUCGUACUCCUGUACCUGCAACCCGGGCUUCACCCUCAACGAGGACGGAAGGUCUUGCCAAGACGUGAAUGAGUGUGCCGCCGAGAACCCCUGCGUGCAAACCUGCGUCAACACCUAUGGCUCUUUCAUCUGCCGCUGUGACCCCGGCUAUGAACUGGAGGAGGACGGUGUUCGCUGCAGCGAUAUGGAUGAGUGCAGCUUCUCCGAGUUCCUGUGUCAGCAUGAGUGUGUGAAUCAGCCCGGCACGUACUUCUGCUCCUGCCCACCUGGCUACAUCCUGCUGGAGGACAGCCGGAGCUGCCAGGACAUCGACGAGUGUGAGCACAGAAACCACACCUGCAACCUGCACCAGACCUGCUACAAUUUGCAAGGCGGCUUCAAGUGCAUCGACCCCAUCCGCUGUGAGGAGCCUUAUCUGCGCAUCAGCGACAACCGCUGCAUGUGUCCCGCUGAGAACCCCGGCUGCAGAGACCAGCCCUUCACCAUCUUAUAUCGAGACAUGGAUGUCGUGUCUGGACGCUCGGUUCCUGCCGACAUCUUCCAGAUGCAAGCGACCACCCGUUACCCCGGGGCCUACUACAUCUUCCAGAUCAAGUCCGGGAACGAGGGCCGAGAAUUCUAUAUGCGGCAAACAGGUCCUAUCAGUGCCACCCUGGUGAUGACCCGCCCCAUCAAAGGGCCCCGGGAGAUACAGCUGGAUUUGGAAAUGAUCACCGUCAACACCGUCAUCAACUUCAGAGGCAGCUCCGUGAUCCGGCUGCGGGUCUAUGUGUCGCAGUACCCCUUCUGAGCCUGGGGCGCCCGUGCCGGCCUCUCCCCGCAGCCGGGGACAAGAGAAGAAGAGACGUGCCCCAGUGAGAGCCAGACGGACUCAGUCGCGCCUUGCCUGCUGACCGUUUCCCUGAGGGGUGGGCCCCCGCAGCCCAGCCCUGUACUCUUAUAGAGCCACUCCGAAAGACCUGCUGCGGCCGGAGCCCACGGAGCACUUAUCCAAAAGCAUGGUCGUGGCCCCAGUGGGAGGUCCCCAAGUUCUUUGGAAGGCCCCAAGUUCUUUUCCACCAACCCCCCCUUUUUUUUAAAUCAAAGAAACUAGAUUAAG